AUGGGACCUCCAAUGGCCCAUCCUGCCGGCUAUGGCCAGGUCAUCGAAUACAUUCAGGAUCGCCUGUACCUAGCAUCAUACGCUCAUCCACCGGACGAGAACACUCCCUUUCCCUAUCCCGCGCAAGCAAGAAGAUCCCCCCAUAAGAAGUCGUCGAGAGCGGAAACUGGCCCGACCCCUGCGAUCCUCCGACCACCACCGGUCUACUUCACCAUUGACGAUACCCUUCUCUACAAUGCUUUCCAUGCCGACUUUGGCCCGCUACAUAUUGGGCAUCUGUAUAGAUUCGCAGUACAGUUUCACGAAAUCCUAGGCGAUCCAGCCAACAAUGACAAAGCUGUGGUGUUCUGGAGCAGAGCGGACUCGAGAAGUCGGGCGAAUGCUGCGUGCCUGGUCGCAUGCUACAUGGUCUUGAUCCAAGCCUGGCCACCUCAUCUUGCCCUUGCCCCCAUUGCGCAGGCCGACCCUCCCUACAUGCCUUUUAGAGACGCAGGAUACAGUCAAGCAGAUUUCAUCCUCAACAUCCAAGACGUCGUGUAUGGUGUCUGGAAGGCGAAAGAGGAAAAUCUAUGCCAGCUCAAAGAAUUCAAUCUGGAAGAAUACGAACGUUUUGAGAGAGUUGAUAUGGGAGACUUCAACUGGAUUUCACCGCAAUUCGUCGCUUUCGCAUCACCUCAAUCCGAACCUACCACCCCGAUCCCCGUUACAUCUCCUGCCUAUUCCAGUCUCCCAUCCUGCAUCCCCGAAAUCCAGGGUGCAAGAAUAUCGCAACCAUUCAAGAAUGUCCUCACCCAUUUUGUCCAGAAAGAUGUGGGUCUGGUUGUUCGUCUCAACUCGGAGCUUUACUGCCCAACAUACUUCACCGCUCUCGGUAUCCAGCACAUUGACAUGAUAUUCGAGGACGGAACCUGCCCGGCGCUUCCCAUUGUUCGCAAAUUCAUCAAACUGGCCCAUGGUAUGAUUGCCAAGAGCAAGAGCAUCGCAGUCCACUGCAAAGCUGGUCUUGGAAGGACUGGGUGUCUGAUCGGAGCUUAUCUCAUUUACCGACACGGCUUCACUGCCAACGAAGUCAUUGCAUUCAUGCGGUUCAUGCGGCCGGGCAUGGUGGUCGGUCCCCAACAACAUUGGCUACAUUUGAAUCAAGGACAAUUCAGAGAAUGGUACUGGGAAGACCAAUGGAGGGCGAAGAUGGUAAUCAACAAACCAUCCACUCCUCACGCCAUGUUAACCAAGACUCCUGCUCGCGUGACCAGUGGUGCGCAGACCGCCACACCCAAUCGAUCCAGUGUACAAAGAUCCGCCUUGGGUGAAAUCGACGGCAAUGAUGUUACGAACGCGGAAAUGUGUCAGGAUGAAAACCUUCCAGCACCGACUCCAGGCCAACCGAGAAAAUACGCUCGCAUGGAUCCAAGAAGCCACCCCUAUGCGCGAUCCACAUCCGCGGCAAUGCGCGCCAAUAGCAACAAGGCUGAUGGAGAAAUGGCAGCCGAGACACAUCGCCAGAGCGUGAAUGGAGCAGAAAGUGAAGAGGAGCUGAUCCUGCAGAAAGCAGCGUCCCGACGUAGCCAGAGCAAGAGCCCGAGCAGCAAGGGCAAGUCUCGAAGCGUUUCAUACACCACCACUACGACCACCAUGACCAAGACUUUCGACGUCAGUGACACCAUGGACAUCUACGAGGAUGAGCCAGACAUCAAUUUCCCAUUGGAAGACACCAAUGCCAUCUGGGACGAGCUUGCGCAGGAGCAAGAAAACCUGAAGCUCAGCACCAUGAGUGAAAAGAACCAUUCAAAUGGAGUGGGUCGUCCUAAAACCACUCCUAGAUCGGCAAGCGGUAUGGGCGCCAUGAGUGUCGCAAAGACCCGAUCUCUUCGAGAAUCCCCCCGUCGCAGCGGAGGCGAGGACAAGACAAAGAUUCGAAAGACCAGUGGUCGAGUCGGAAGUGCAAGCCAUGCACCUGUCGGCGUCAAGCGAUGA